AUGUUUCAUUCGUUUAAAGCAUUUCCACGUUAUGUCACAGCAGCUUGUUGUUUAAUGUUAGCUGGUAAAGUGGAAGAGACACUGAAAAAAGUUCGUGAUAUUGUUAAAACAGCUAGAUCACUAUUAUCAGAUGAAGAUUUUAGACAAUUUGGAAAUGAUCCAAGGGAAGAAGUUAUGGCCUAUGAACGUGUUUUGUUAAAAACAAUCAAAUUUGACUUACACGUCUCACAUCCAUAUUCAUACUUACUACAAUAUGCUAAACGAAUAAAAGGUAAUCAAGAAAAAUUAAAGGAAUUAGUUCAAAUGUCAUGGUCAUUUAUUAAUGACAGUUUAGCAACAACUUUAUGCUUACAAUGGGAACCUGAAAUCGUCGCUUGUGCUGUUCUAUAUUUAGCUACACGUAUGAGUAAAUUUGUUAUAGAAGAUUGGGAAGGACGUCAACCAGGUCAGCGUUGGUGGGAAUGUUUUGUUGAAGGAAUGAGUACUGAAGUUAUGGAGGAUAUUUGUCAUAAAAUUCUGGAUUUAUACCCCGCUGAUGGAGCUACUAAUGACGAUCAGUUUGACGGUGGUAACGUCACCACAAACAAUGGCAGCAGUUCUACUACUCCCUCCAGUAGUAGUAACCUUGUCGGUAGUAGACAUCAUGAGCAUAAAUCUUUCCAUAAUACUCUACAUCAUGAUUUGAAUAAGUAUCAUGGCGUGAGUAGUAGUAGAAGUGUUGGUGGUUGUUCGAGUAGUGGGAGUAGCAGUAGACACCGUGGAAGUGAGGCUAUCGGAGGAACAAGAGGUGGAAGUGGUAGCAGCAGUGGUGAACCACCAGCAAAACGACAAGCUUUAAUCCGUUCGACCAGUGCAACUGAAUAUAUCUAUCCAACGGCUGUAUAUCCUGGUGCCUCAGCUAGUGGUGCUAUUUCACUGGGUGUAUAUAUAUCGUGGAGGUUCUCUGAUUUUUCUCUGUUUCUCUCAUGUGAUGGAAUAUUUUCUCUGUGGAUUUAUGCUUCUUAUGGGGUAAUGUUCAGGAAUCCAAAUGGACUGUCAGUACUCUGAUUGUGUUCAUGUAAUAAGCCUUUUCCAGAGACUGAGAAACUGAUGUGAAUGGGACUAUAGAAUGUGAAGCUCUAUAAAGCGACUGGAAGUGAAAGGAUAUCCUUUGAGGAUAGGAUCCUCAAUAUCUGGAGGCUUACCCCUAACGCAACUUCGAUUGAUCUCUUAGAAGCAUCAACAUCUGUGUCAAUAAUCCUAGGAUUUUGGUUGGCAUCGUUCAUUAAUAAUCGGCACCUGAGUUUAAAGAUAGGCCACAAUUACGGCGAUUAAUUCCUCUAAAGUAGUCGUGUAUGACAUUACAUGGGUAUAAUUCCAUUUGCUGUUAUAUAUCAUUUCAAAGAAAAACAUUCGAUGUGAAGUUGGUUAGGUAACCCUUGAAAUACAUACUCACUAUGGUGCAUUGAAUGUGCAUCAGACUGGGAUUGUAUUACUAAAGACCGUGAUGAAGAUCAUCUUAACAACUCCGGCCUUCUGUAAUUCACUUGUCAGUCAGCUGAAUAAAAGGGAGCGAAUGG